AUUGCAGCAAGCUACCGUCUGCGCUAACCCAGUGCGACUGAAAGUGAUGUUGCGUGUGUAUGUUGCUUUGGGGAGCUAGGCCUUGCCCUUGAUCUCCAAACGAAGAGGAAAAGUGGCGCUCGUCGUACUGUCGGUGCAGUAACCGGGAUUUUGUUGUGCAAUCGGUUCGCCGGGCGAUGUUGGUGGAUGGAUUGGCCGACACUUGUUCAGCCUCGACAAUGAGCAGCGACAACAGCAACAGCUCGUCGAACGGCAACUCCACGGCCGCACUGCCCGUCGUCUCGUCCGGCGCCGUGCUGAGCUCCUCGGGCCCGCCGCCCCAGCCGCCACAGCACGGAGCCGCCGAUGGCUACCCGGACACUCCCGACACCAAGGAGGGCAUCGAGGAACUGUGCCCCGUGUGCGGCGAUAAAGUGUCCGGCUACCACUACGGCCUGCUCACAUGCGAAUCGUGCAAGGGCUUCUUCAAACGCACUGUGCAGAACAAAAAAGUCUACACGUGCGUGGCUGACCGCAGCUGCCACAUCGACAAAUCGCAGCGCAAGCGAUGCCCCUUCUGUCGCUUCCAGAAGUGCCUCGACGUCGGCAUGAAACUAGAAGCGGUGCGAGCAGACCGCAUGAGGGGCGGCCGCAACAAGUUCGGCCCCAUGUACAAACGUGACCGGGCCCGCAAGCUGCAGAUGCUGCGCCAGAAGCAGCUUGCCAUGUCGCAGUGCAGCUCAGGCGGCUCGGAGGCGUCAGGUGCCGGCGGACCGCUGGCCGUCGGCUCGGCCGCGGGAGUCCACUACUCGUUGCCCCCGUCGGCGUCCGUCUCGUCUCCGGGCCUCUACUCUCCGGAGCCCGGUGGGCCCAUCAAGCAAGAGAUUCAGAUUCCCCAGUUGAGCUCUUCGACGAGCUCGCCCGACUCUUCGCCCUCGCCACUUGCGGGACUCGUGGGCCAGCCCAUGGCGCUGGUGCCCCAGCCACACCCUACGCAGCAGCAGCAACAGCAACAGCAGCAGCAGCAGCAGCACCAAGGGCAGCAGCAGCAGCAACAACAGCAGGGUCCUCCGCCCGGUGGCCCGCCGUCGGCAGCCGCUCAGCAAGGCCACUACGCCACAGCGCCGACGGCUGCCCAGCCGGACAAGACGGCUCCUCCACAAGCACCGCCCACGCCAGCCUGGCUGACGCAGGGCCCGUCCUCGCCACCGAAGCCGUUCCCAGCGGCGUACGAGCAGGGCCCUCUGGUCGCCCCCGACGACGCCAAGGUGCCGGUGCUGGUCCGCGAGUUCCAAAAGAACAUGCUCGACGACAAGGAGUGGCAGACGCAGCUCUUCGGGCUGCUCCAGAACCAGACGUACAACCAGUGUGAAGUUGACCUCUUCGAACUCAUGUGCAAGGUCAUCGACCAGUCCCUCUUCGCACAAGUCGACUGGGCGCGCAGCACCAUCUUCUUCAAGGACCUCCGGGUGGAUGACCAAAUGAAGUUGCUGCAGCAGUCGUGGAGUGACAUGCUUAUCCUGGACCAUGUGCACCAGCGGCUGCACAAUGGCUUGCCAGAUGACACCACCCUACCCAACGGCCAGAAGUUCUCGCUCGUGUCACUGGCACUGCUGGGGCUGCCUGCGCUGGCGGACCAGCUACAUGCACUCACUGCUCGCCUGCAGGAGCUGCGCUUUGACCCUGUCGACUAUGUCUGCCUCAAGUUCCUGCUCCUGCUCAACCCAGACGUGCGGACUUUGAGCAACGUGCGACUGGUACAUGAAGCACAGGAACAGACCAAGCAGGUCCACCUUGAGUACUGUCUCAACAACUACCCUCAGAUCAGCGACAAAUUUGGCCAGCUGUACCAGAUGCUUCCGAGUCUGAAGCUGAUAAGCACACGCGGGGAGGAGUACCUCUUCUACAAGCACAUGAGCGGCAGUGCCCCGUCACAGACGCUCCUCAUGGAGAUGCUCCACGCCAAGAAGAAAUAGCAUCCGGCUCCUCCGCCCGCCCCCACGCCCCUCCGCCGGAAACGUCUCGACCGGAAGAACCCUGACCGGAACCUGGCCCGCUCCGCGUCCGUGUGAGAAACAGCGCGCGCCCCCUCCUCCUCCGCCUCUCGUCCUCUGCCCAUUUCGUACUACCCCGCCGGGGCUGCGUCUGGCCCAGGGAGCCAUGUGGCCGGGCCGGCCGUGGCUUCAAGCGGAGUGUGCGGAUGACAUUUUCUCUUGGGAUACAAACAGUAAAAGAGUGAGCACGAGAAAAAGGGGUCUGCCUUCUCUGUGCAGGCCCGGCGGUCAGCGGGGAGCACCCGUGUGAGAGCUCUAGCAUUCAGUAACAUGCUUGUCGUCUCGUGUACACAACACACAUGGAUGUGAUAGUGUGUGCUUGUGUGUGCAUCCAUAUGGGCGUUGAUGCCUGGCCAGCCCUGUGAAUGCGUGCCGAGUGAGUGCAGAUGUAUAGUAUAUAUAUAAAUAUAUAUACAUAUAUAUAUAGAUCCACACACACGUAUAUAUGUACCUAUGUACCAGUGUACGCAAAAUAAGAGAAAUAGAACAACAUUGAGGUGCGCAAAGAACAUUUGGGUGCCACCCGACACAUUUGGCUGGCUGGCCAAGUGUGUCGUGUGAGCCACAAAUUCUGUGUGGAGGUGUCGCGAGCUCUACAACUCAACAGGGACUCUGCACAAUGUUAUGGAGCUUGUGUGGGUGGCGAGACCUUAAUAGGAGAGGUUUUGUCUGAGCAUCUUUCCAUUCUUUCGUCUUUUUCUUGCCUUGUUCCUGUCAUUUUGCUUUUGCUUCCAACUUCCCUUUCUUUUGGACGCGAUGGUGUGCAUGCUGUUUUUGUGUGAGUGCAUCCAUUCACAAGUUGCAUUGGCAUCAGGCUAGACGAGUGAGUGAGAAAGGACUUUUCUCUUUCCCCUUACGAGACUGGACAGACUCAGGGAAAAGAAAUUUGUGUGAGAGAGAACAAAGAGGGAGACUGUUGGUCCACCCCACCUGACACUCUUUGUUUCUUGCAUGGGUGACUGUCGCAUGCUUUUCCCUCAUUUUUAACUUGUUACUUACAGCAGCGUAUGCCAGAUUUGUCUAGAAUAUCUUUUAUAACUAUAUUCUUCACUCAUUGCUUACUUUCAUGUUUUUUCAUGGAGUGUCCGUUCGUCUAGUUCAUUGUGCUGGGCACCCCACUCUCUCAUUUCUUUCCUUUCUGCUGCUAUUAUCACCUCAUCUCGUGGACAUUUUUCAUUUCGCAGAAGAAUCGAAUUUCCCAGCCCGCCUCCUUGUGCAUUAAGCCAUGCCAGCCAUCAUCACCAGAGCCGAGCAUCUGUGUCAUCUUUUGUUUUUUAUUGUUAAAGUUUGAUCGCUGCACAGAAUGCUACUUGGAAAGGUUGUGAAGGGCUCCAUUGUUGUUGUUUUUUCUUUCUUACGGAGCAGGAGAUGCUCUCGGCACUGUUUGCUUUUUGGUGAAAUAAUACUAAGCAUAGUAAUGACCAACUGAGGAAUAUGUAAAUGCUCAUUACACGCCUGACCAUGAAAAGUGAACAGUGGGCCUGGUCUUAGCGACUAACCUAAUGAAGCUAUGUCUCAAGAGUAUCGAUAGUUCGGUCUUCCAUUAGCUUGCUUGAUUCUUUCUAUUUAAUGACACAGGUUUGAGUAAAAAACGCCUGCUUUUUCUUUUCUACUGAUGAUUAUUACAACCUAGAAUGUUUUAUAAAAAAUUUUCUCACCGUUAAAAUGUUAUUUUUUUAUCACUUCGUAUAUUGCUACAGGUGCACCUGUAGUUACACAGAAGUGCAUAUAAUUCUGUUAUUUUAAGGCAAAAUAUUUUGCUUUGUAUUCAUUGUCUCUUGAAAAUUGGAAAAAGUCUUACAAUUGAUAGGUUUGAUGAGCAUGAAUUUAUUUUUGCAGGGAUACUUUCUGGUUGAAAUUGUGGAUUUUUUUUUUUUAUUAACAACCUUCAACAGCUCAGGCUCACUCACUUGAACAGCAAGCUGACUGUAGUCGGCCUAAUGCUGGCAGCAUGGUGCAUUUUUUAAUAAUUGUCCUUUAUUUAGUAGAACUUAAAAAAGGGCUUUUUUCUUGCGAAGUUUUCUUACGCACACUACCUUUGCUUUUUCAGAGGCAGAUGUUGCAUAUGAUAUGCUUAAUUACUAUUUAUAGUCCUAUUUAGACUUUUAACUAGCCCUGCUUAUUUUUUUAAAGAUAUUUAGUUUUUAUACAAGUGUUCAGAAGCUCGAAAAGGUCGAUUUUUAAUGAUUCCGUGCCUUUCUAAGAAGUUUACUUAGGCAUUGUGAACAUCUAGUUUUAAUAUUUAAAAAAAAAUUAAAUGAAAAAAGUUGAGGUUUGUGUGCUUCCCUCAAUUUUUUUGCCCCUCAGAAUAUUCUGUUCCAGUGCCGAGGCAUCAUUGAGUGAAGUUAUGGUUUGCGUGCAGGUGACUGCCAAGUUUGGACUGUUAGGCUUGUUUGUGGCAUAUGUUGCCUCCUUCAUGUUAGAAUGCACUUUCACGGCCAUUUGUGAAAGCUAUAUACUUACAUAGCCAAUACGUGUAGGACGGACUGGGUGCAGCAACAAAGCAUGUUCAACGCAGCUCAAUGUGUUUUAGUUUUGUUUUUUUAGCUUGUUUUUGUUGAUGACCCUUGUGGUCAAUGUGUACAUAGACCACUGUCUUUAUCACAGAUGUUUUUAUCUUGAUAGCAGAGUACAGAUGCAUACAUCAUUUUAUUUUUUUCCCCCUUUAUGGCGCGAGUUCCUCCAGUGUAUGUUUUUUUCUUUGAUGUUAUUUUUGUCAACGAAUAUGUGUGCAUGAAUGUCCCGAUUUGAGAGCAUGUAAAAUGAUCAUGACCUUCCUUUUUUUACCCAUUUGAUGUAUGAGGAAUUAUAUUGUGUAAUUCCUGUGCAAUACUAUUUUUUUUUUCAUAAACCUUAAAACUGAUUUUGUGAAGGCUUGGCAUUGGAAGCCCCUCAUGUGGCAGCAUUAUCAACUUGAUUGAAUUUGGAUGAUAGAUGUAAGAAAUAUUACAGUAGAGAGGCUGUGUUUUCAGUUGACAUCAUGCUUUUUGUGUUUUUCCGCACGCAGUGCACAUUUGCUCGUGAUAUUAGUGUUCCACAGCCAGAAGCAAGCACAAAGUUCAUGUUGGUUCAGAUCAUUGUAUUUAAUUGAUGUUCAUCGAGCGCUUCCGUGUCAUAGUGUACUUCACAACUGGAGGUUUGCUUUGGCAGCUUUGAACUCUUGUGAAGUCUUUACUAAACAAAGGUGGAUAAGAGGCCAUAAGAGCCCAUUUGUUGCAGCACCACCAAUUUGUAUAAAACGCAGCCUCCAUUGAAUAAUGACUGCUAGUGUAAUAAUCAUUACACAGCGUUUUUUUUUUUCCAUGUUUGAGGGGAAAACAAAUAAAAGUGUGUACAGAUCAUUAGAUUCCAGUGUCUUGUCAUCACGGUUGCAAGUAUUAAGAGGAUGAAUCGAAGUUGUAACAAACACUCUUGUCUGUGCCCGCACAUUUUUUUUUUUUUUUUUUUUUCAUUUGAAGUAGUGCUUUUGUUACAAUGUUAAUGAUGGUCUGAGUGGCUCCCAUUGAACUCCACUGCCAACCUACACACCAUGAGGAGUGCGUUAUUGCUGUGUGACUGGAGAGAAAAAGGAACAUUUGCAUCACUGUGCUUGUUGUUGCUGCCAUGCUGUCAUGUGACCCAUAUUGUGUAGAAGGUUUCAUCAUGAGCUUUGCUUGCUUCUAGUUUUUGCAGCAGCAAGUUUCAGCUGUCUUGUUGACAUCCCUUUCUUGCUUGCAGUAUUUUUAAAGGGAUGGAUGCUUAAUGCUUUAGUUCGAAUGCUUGUGUAUAGGCCUUUGUAACGCAUGAGUGAAUGCACCCUUUGCAUUUUCAUGCAUAUGUGGCAGGCGUCUGCAAUGUGGGUGUAGUCGAAUUGGUUGUGUAUCAGUUCGAACUCUUUUACACAGUGCUAGAGAUUAAUGCUUUUACAAGGUUCGAAGGUUGUGUUUCUUUAUUCCUGCAUAAUGCUAACAUUUAGAUACAAAUGUUUUCCAGAAAUAUUUCACGGAAGUUCAAACCUAGUGUCUGAAAAGCAGCCAUUAUUUCACCUACUUGAAUGAACAAAUAAGGCACCUUUGGGUGUCUUUUUAUCUUUAUUUAACUGCAGAAAUGGCUAAGUGGCUUGUCUUGCUUAGGUCAUUUUUAUUAGUGUAGCCAGAGGGUGGAAGGGUUGGAGGUUCCAUUCCAAUCAUCAGUUUGUAUGUGUAUAUACACACACACACAUACAAACACACGCAUUUAGAGGGGUUGGACCCUCCCCUCAAAUAAAAUCUUGGCAAUGCCCCUGGAUAUCUUGUAGCGGAGCAGUAUAUCAAUUCCAUAAUUUGCCAGGUUGCAUCUCGGUUGCUUGAUUUUAAUUUAGUUUUUUUCAGUCUUUUUAGGAAGUCAUGAUGUCGUCUUCACAUUGCUUGUGCUCACAAAGCACAUUGGAGCAACGAUAGUUGCUUAUUACCCUACCAUCUUAGAACUCAUCCUACUCCCAAUGUUCCCCUCCAAAUGUGUCAUAUAACUUGGAAGUUUAAUGGGCACAGUCUUAUGAGCAAAAUUUGGUUGUUUAAAUCUUGAUAAAACGUACUGUACAUUUGAAGGCGAAUGGAUUGAUGGGCUUGUUUCCUUUGUUAGACUCGACAGAUAAUGAAGCCAAGGAAAGCACAGGAGAUAAUAUUUGUUGUUCUUUAUUGAAGUGUAGUAAUUAUAAAGGACAAGAAUUGAAGUGGAUUAAAAAACAAGUCACAUUGGUGGAAAGUGAACCCACAACCUUUGAACCCACAAGGUGUGAAGGUUGUGCAUUCGGUCCCCACUAGUGGCAAGUUGUUAUUUUGUCCACCUUAAUUAAUUUUUCUUUGUCAUAUUUACGACACCUCAAAUAAAAACUACAAAUAGGUUCACUAGGGGUUGUCUAUAACUGUACAUUUGUCACAUUUAUUUAUACAUUCUCAUCUGAACUAUGACAGCAUAUCAGUAGCAUCUGAACAAAUUGAAUGGAACAUACUGCAGUGAGGAUUGCUUACUAUGGCUUAACACUAUUCAGACACUGCACAGAAUUUUUAUUCAGAAUGGUAUUUGAUGGCAGAUUAGUUUUAUAAGACGCUUACAUAUAUGUGUAUUUGUGAUGGCAUGUUUCUGGGCAUUUCUCACUUGUACAGUUGAAAGUGCAAACAGGAAACAUUGUCAGGUGUCUUAAGGAUCCUUUUAAUGAUAUUGUCAUCAACAGAUAAUAUUAUAUCAUUUCCAGUUCAACUACACCCAUGUUGCAAGAACACAGAGACUACAAAUUACGGCACAAACCAUUUUGUCAGUGCUGUUUGGUGGAGCAACAUUGCUUUUCAAGCAAACUUUUUUAAAUUAUUUUUUUGCACCAGGUUUGUGGUUGUAGUUGAUUAGAAGCGCACAAGGAUGGUUCACGUUGUGGAUCUGGUCCUCAUAGCUCGCUCUUUUUCGCACAAGGCUCAAGGGGCGCCUGUCUGCAAAGAUAAGUAAGAAUAUGGUGUAGUAGGAUUAAGUAUGAUGAUAUACAGGAUUUGAGAGCAUUGGAAAGUGUUGGCUGUUGGCAUUGAGAAAAUGGAGUUCUCAGAGUACAGCCCUUAUGAGAAUAUUACUGCAGGCACUCCUGUAAUCGUGUUGUAUAUUCCUUUCCUUCGAUUUUUUUUUUUUGCCUAGAUUUAAAAAAUAAAGCGAUGUGGUGAGACAUUUGGAGCAUGAUGAAUAGUUAUCAAGAUGUGCCUUAUAUAUACCAGAAUAACCUAUUAAGUGAGAAAAGUAAAAUAAUGGGUGUGCGAGAUUUCGGGAAAUUGAGGCCUGAUAGUUGCACCACUUUGGAGAUACGAGGCAUACCACUUGAGCAUCCCCUCCCCCAUGGUGGAAGGAAAAAACUCGAGGAGAAGCUCUGACGUAGCUCAGUGCGAAGCUUCUCUGGCAGGCACAUCUAGCUUAUGGGAUGACUGUCAUCAUGAAGUUUCUCAUCUUGGAGGCAAGCGUGUCUCCUGCAUGCUUUGUGCUAAGUCAUGUUAGAGACUGCAACCAGCUUCCUUAACAACUGUUGCCCCAUGAGCGAGGACAGCGAAGCCUAAGAUGACGCAUGUGACUUCCACCACACUUUUUGCAAUGCAUCUAAGACUGUCGGGGGCCUGUCCUCAGUUUUUUCCUUCCUCUAUUCCUUUCCCCAGUCCGUUUUUAUUUUGUGAGGAGGCGUUCCCCAGACAGCCCUGUACGCCGCUGCUACGCAUCGCCACUAGUCAGCAAUCAGCGAAUUGAUAGAAGAGUUAUCCUCCAUUUUCUGUCCCAUGUUGUUGUCAUUUCUGAAGUGAUUGGAUCCCUACACAUUUGUGCUUUGCAAGAGUGGCUGUUACAUCUUGUGGCCAAGGGCCCUGCCUUGGGAUAAGUUUCCUUGUUUCAUGAUAGUGUAGCUGAAUGCACAGAUCAUGUGCUUGUCAUGCAUACACACUGUGAGCAGCCUUCAAGAAGUGGGUAUUCUUUGUGAUGCAAGCAGAAGGCAGGGUCUUUGAAUGCCCUUGGUGACAGACAUCUAUACUGGAAAGAAAGCCGCAGUUUUACUCCUGUGCUGUGUUGUUACUCUACCCUUGUGAAAGUAUCCAUGUACAUGCAUAUUCCGUAACCAUAUUCUGAAUGUACAUGCCGAUCUCAGAAGAAAUGAAUAACCGUCUUGUUGUGUGUGUAAUCUCAUCAAUUUCUUUUCCCUUUGAUGCAUAUUUGUGUCCCUGCUCCCUGCCCCUACUUUCUUUUGCAUCUUUUGUUGUACACUGAGCCAUGAAUCGCUUGCAAAUUGCACUGCUGUUUUCUUGUUAAAAAAAAAAGAAAAGAAAGCGUUGAGGAAACACAUUCUUCUUUUAUUAUUGCAUACUACAUUUACUGUGUAUGAUAGGAUGAGAAUUGAGAGGAGAAAAAGAAAAACACAUUGUUGGAACUUGCAUUUUGACACUGCCUUUUCUAUUCAAUUUUACAAUCCCACGUCUUGAGUGGAAACUGAAAAUUUUGAUUGACCUUGUACAUUUCAUUCUAAGCUUUUUAUUGUGCUCUUGCUUUUCUGUUUUAUUCCUGUUCGUUUGAGCAAAAAAAGAAAAUGAAUGAGACAUUAUUUGAAAAGUUGGUUCGCUAAAGAAAACAUUUGUACAAGGAAUCUUCACCCACUGUUGAACUGUGUAAAUAAAUUGUUGAUAUUUGAA